AUGCCAGACAUGGUGGCACAAACGAAGCCACUGCAUGCUUUGACCGCCACCGAGGCUUUGGCUCUGCUUCAGGUCAGCAGCGUCUCCAUAAAAGACUAUGCGCUCUAUCUCCUAGCCCGGGUGCAAGAGAGGGAGGCGACUGUCAAAGCCUGGGCAUACUUGGAUCCAAAGCUUGUCCUGGAACAAGCGAGGUCGCUCGACCGUAUCUCGCCCGACAGGCGAGGCCCUUUACAUGGAGUGGCCGUUGGGAUCAAGGACAUUAUGAACACAAAGGACAUGCCUACCGAGUUCGGCUCCCCAAUUUAUAAAGGAAACAGACCCUUAUUCGAUGCAUCAGCUGUGUCAAUAUUACGAACUGCCGGUGCCCUCAUCUUUGGCAAGACACGAACCUCGGAGUUUGCCGUCGCCAACUGCGGACCUCCAACAACGAAUCCCCAUGACCCAGCUCGUACUCCAGGCGGCUCGUCAUGCGGCUCAGCCGCGGCGGUAGCAGACCUACAUGUGCCCCUAUGUCUCGGAGUUCAAACCGGUGGCAGUGUCAUUCGGCCUGCGUCCUUCACAGGGGUUUUCGCCAUGAAGCCGACCCACAACGCGGUGUCUCUUGAGGGCUCCAAACCGUGCUCGCCCACCUUUGACACCAUCAGCUUUUUCGCCCGCAGUGUCCAAGACUUGCAGCUAGUGGCAGAUGUCUUUGCUCUCGGAAGUCAUGACGUCCCUGAGAAGAUAGAAGUUGACAAGAUGUCGAUCGCUUUGAUCAAAACGCCCAUGUGGGCUCAGGCAGGGCCAGGAACCGUGGUUGCGAUGGAAGAAGCCACUUCGAUCCUCGAAAAAGAGGGAGCCACAGUUCAACAAGUCCCUCUACCGGACGCCAUCUCCCAAACCGCAGCGCUCAAGCGGAUGCUGAAAGUUAUCAUCAGCGGCGAGGCACGGGUAACGUUCCUCAAGGAAUACCGGAUGGAUGGUGGGAAUUUAUGCGAGGAAAUCCGGAACCUCGUCGAGAACACAUCAAACACCACGGCCAAGGAACAACAAGAAGCUUCCGAUGCGCUGGCCCGUAUCCGGCCGCUAGUAGACAAGCUAGCUGUCGGCUACACGGCAAUUCCCGCGCCCAGUGCGCCCGAUGAAGCUCCCCUUGGGCUUAAGGACAUGGGCAGUCCAGCCUUCAACACUAUUUGGACAGCAUGUGACCCACGCUGAGCCUCCCAUUUCAGACCCAGCCCGGAUUGAACUGACCAAACUCUCAUAGGGACUCCACACGCCGG